AUGACCGAACUUUCCACGUACUCCCAAGAGGCUGCUCUGCUUGACGCACCACCCACGACCUUCGAGCAAGCUGAGAUGGAACUGCCGAUCCCCCCCUUCGAUCCUGCGAUCCAUCUCAAUUACCAGCCUCCCACGGCCCGUCAUACCUUCACUGAGCUUGGGCUCCCGGUGCCCAAAGGAUGCCCCGACAUGUGCUAUACCGAACCCUUCCAGUUGUUUACCGAGGAGGGAGUGCGCAUGAUCCGCAGAGAGGUCUUCCGCCGCUCCUUUCUCGACAAGUACAUGAAGACAUAUGGUGAAAAAGACUACACCAUCAUCCGGGGGUACGGCAACGUCAAAGGUGACGGGAACUUCUUGAAGCAGGCAUGGAACCACCCAGUGACCCAGGCCACCGUUAACAGUGCUUACGGGCACGCUCUCCGGCUCCAGACUGGCGAGAUUGCAUUGGGCUACAUCAACGUUCAGCUCGGCGACGACAGCGUCAGCAGCCCCUACGACUUGCCAGAAGUCCCGUUACGCCCUAAGCCCCUGGCCGAACAACCGCAGGGGGAAGAAGACGAGAUCCUCGACAUGUGGCACAAGGAUAUGACCCCAGUUGUUCUUGUCUUGAUGCUGAGCGAUACCUCUACAAUGCUGGGCGGUGAAACGGUCGUCAAGAUGGGCAACGGAAAGAUCAUCAAGGCCCGGGGCGCCCACGUUGGCGGUGCUGUCAUGAUGACUGGCGGGUACCUCGAGCAUUCUGCCGUGCGUGUGCGGAAUUGCGGCGAGCGUCUCAGUCUGGUCAACAGCUACGACUUCCUCGACCCUGAUGCCGAUGACACUGCCACCACACUCCGUAGUUUUAACCCCAAGUGCGACAGCCUCGUUGCGGCCAGGAGCACCCUCAUGGCCCAGAAACUCUGGAGGCUGAGGGAGCGUUGUGAUCUUGCCAUCAAGCGGAUCAAUGAGCGGGAUGAGGAAGGCGCAGAGCCUCCCAGUCAGGUGGAGGUUGAGCGUUGGGUCAAGGAGCAGAUUCACCUGCUCAAGCAUACGGCUUGGGAGAUGUACGAGCGCGUGCCGAAUUACAUCGGCCAGGAGCUGCCUAUGGAUGUCUUGCAGAAGUAUUUAGUGGAAUCUUAG